GGAAAAUCUUGUUUUCCCGCCAAAACCGCAAAAAACACGUUUUCCCGCCAAAAACAUGUUUCUCCGCCAAAACCGCAAAAAAAACAUGUUUUCCCGCCAAAACCGCAAAAAUGCAUUUUUCCGCCAAUAACGAAAGAUCUCGUUUUCUCGCCAAAACCGAAUAAUUUUGUUUUCCCACAAAAGUCGCAAAAACGUGUUUCCCUCCAAAACCGCAAAAAAAACAUGUUGUCUUGCCAAAACCGCAAAAACGUGGUUUCUCGCCAAAACCGCAAAAACGUGAUUUCUCGCCAAAACCGAAAAUUUGUAUUUUUCCCGCCGUUCCCUGGUCACCAUUCAUACCCGAAAUGGCCAACAGUUAGGAGAAUCCUUCACGUUGGAGUUCACUAAAUGAACAUGCCAGAGCAGCUCCUGUACUUAAGUUAUGUUCUCAGAAGACUAAUAAAUGCAAAAAUAUGUUAGAAACAGAAAUAUGUACAGUGGAGAGACCAAGGCUUUAGGGAAAGGAAGCAGGUCUACAAUAAAUAGGAGUAUUAAAGAAACCAAACAAAAAAAAUAAGCUCUACAAUAAAUGAUCGGCGUCUUCAAGUUGGUUUAUUACACUAUUUUCAGUCUAGAAUGUAGCCUACUAGAAUUCGAGAGACUCAGAGCUUCUGAAGUUUAUGAGGAUGGCGAAUAAAGGUUUCUUCAAGCCUCUUCUUCCUGGCUUCCACAGCCACUUGGUACUUCCUCUCUUUCCCUUUUUCUAUAUAUGUCUAUGUCUCUCUGAUAAGCCAACCAAGAGAUGGUUUCUGUGUUGUAACUGCAUGUUGCUUCAGACAAUUCCUGUAGCCUUCUUCUUGAAGUAUAUAGAAGGAACAAAUGAGCACCAUACGGCGAAGCUGAGAUCAGACGCGUCAAUGAUAACAUGGGAAGUGAAAAUAGAAGAUGGCAAGAAACUCACUGAAGGUUGGAAAGAGUUCGCUCUUGCACACGAUCUCCGUAUCGGCGACAUUCUCAUUUUCAGACAAGAGAAAGACAUGGCUUUCCAUGUAACACUCUUGGGACCUAGUGGCUGUGAGAUUCAGUAUGAGUCGUGUUCAGAAGAGGAGAACAACCUCGGGAAGAUUCCAAAGAAAAUGAAUUCAAAAAGAGAAGCAGAGUCUUCUUCUUCACUAGAUCCAUCUUGUUUUAAAACUAAUAUAUGGCCUUCGUCCCUACGUUAUGACACAUUGAACCUUCCAAAGAGUUUUGUGAGGGCGAAUGGUCUAGAGACAAGCUGUGGAGGAGAGAUUGUUCUGAUGAAUGAAAAGGGUAGACCAUGGACUUUGGUUUUAAAACAAAAGCUAAGUGGGACUACUUACAUCAGACGUGGGUGGAGACGUUUCUGUAUUGCCAAUAGGCUUAAAACUGGAGGCGUCUACACUUUCAAACUAAUCCAAAGUGGGAGAACUCCGGUUCUUCUUUUGUCCUCUAAAGAGUCAGAGUCAGAGUCAGAGUCAGAAGAAAGAAACUUCGAGAAGAUUCAGAGGAAGAAAGCAGAGUCUUCUUCACUAGACCCCUCUUGUUUUGUGGCUAAUAUCUCGCGUGCAACCCUACGUUAUGACACGCUGGGUCUUCCAAUGAAAUUUUCAAGGGAAAAUGGCCUAGAGGCAAGAUGUGGAGAGAUUGUUCUAAUGAAUGAGAAGGGUAGAUCAUGGAAGCUAAAUCUGAAACGUAAGAUAUCAUGUGGAACUAUGUAUAUCACACAAGGGUGGAGAAGUUUCUGUAGUGCCAAUGGACUUAGAGCUGGAAGUUCUUCCACUUUCAAACUGAUCAAAAGAGGAGGAACUCUGGCUCUACGUUUGUCAUCUAAAGAGACUGAAGAAGAAGAAGAAGAAGAUUGCUCAUUAAAAGCUAUUGAAGUGGAGUCUCUUUCCACAGAACCAGAAAGCGAUGAAGAGAGCAGCCAAGAUGACGAAAAAAUCAAGAAACAUAGAUCGACAUGGAAAGCUUCAUCUUCACAAUCCCAAAACCGAUUUGUGACACUAACGCUUAGACCUUUCAAUCUUGAAAAGUAUUCACUGUUUCUUCCUUUACGCUUCACCAGGUGGCACGGCAUCAAUGAGGAAACUAAAAUGAGACUGUUGGACAAAAACGGUGUCAAGUGGUCUACGGAUCUGCGGUCUGAGAAAACUAAUAUUGAUAAAAUAAGAUUGGUAGGAGGUUGGCAAGAAUUCUUCAAAGCUAACUGUGUGAAGACAGGUGAAUCGAUCAUGUUAAAGCUGAUAUGGGAAGGAGACAAAAGAUGUGUCCUCAAGUUCUUCUCUAAGGUGUAGCAUGAGACCAAAUGAAACUGUAUCUUUGUACUAUGUUUUAGCUUUUUUAAUUUCCAAUGACGUAUUAAAAUGAAUCAACGUUUGGCCUUUUUGAUAGUUUGGGAUUUGUGAAUGUUUUUUUUUUUUGUCAACGGGA